AUGUCUGCGAUGCUCGCCAACGACGUUGUCCUCGACGAGGCCAACGAUGAUGAUGGCAUGCCCCCUCUCGUAGACAACCCCUACCCCGCUAUGACCUUCACUUUUGCCACAGACAUGACGCCUAUCACCUACAGUACCGACGCGACCAGUCCCGAGCUUCCCCCCGAAGCCGCAGGCGCAGAGUUGGCCGUUUACUCCCCGCCCAGCUCCCCCGCACUCGGUCCCUCCCGGCCUUCGCACGCUAAGAAGCGAGAGGCGUCAUACAUACCUCGUUCGCCGAACGCGUUUAUUCUCUUCAGAUCCUCCUUCAUCCGGGAACGGCACAUCCCCGAGAAGAUCGAGGGAAACCACAGCGCUCUGUCCAAGAUCAUUGGUAAAUGCUGGAAGGCGCUGCCCCGCAAAGAGAGGGAGGUCUGGGAAGCCAAGGCGAUUGUCGCACAAGCCGAACACCGCCAAAGGUACCCUGACUGGCGGUUCCGACCUGCUGCAAACGCGCUUGCCAAGGUCAAGGAUGGUCCCAAGCGAAGGAGUAAUAAGAAAGGAAGAGGGGAGUCAGAGAAAGAACAACGAAAUCGCGAGAAAAGGUGCGCCAAGAUUGCGGACUUGCUGGUUGCGGGGAAGAAGGGUUUAGACUUGGAGGCUGCAAUCAAGGAGUACGACUGCAAUGCUGGAGGAGGGGUUAAGGUGAAAGAAGAGGCGAACGCUGUCGUGACGAUGGAAAUUGCAGCCGAGGAGAAGGUCACUAAGAUUUCUGCAGGUGUUCAGUCUCAGGUGCGCUUCGCGACUGAGCAGGGUCCAAUUCAAGAUGCAGACUUCUGUCAGGACUCGGGCAGUCUCACAGCGCCCUGUCUGACUUCAUUUGAUGCGAAUUUCAAAGUCCCGCUCACCGCCAUGUUCAAGCGGUCCUCGUCUGCUCCCGCCUCACACACCCGCAAUUCUAGCGGAUAUUUUGCGAAGGGAAACUCUACUUUCGCCGAGCGGCGCUACUCCGUUGAUUCAGUCCGCCCUGCAAUGAUGUACCCGCCGUUCUUCGACCACCUCACUGAACACGAGGGAAAGCCACGUGUUGGAAGUGUCGUCAAGUUGGCUCACGAUAGCGGCGAGGCAGUGGCUACAGACUGCAUGUCUACCACGCAGCAGUCGCUUCAAAGCUUUGUUAAAUCCGGCAAGACACAGCAAGUCGGAGACACAGCUCUCUCGUGGAACAACGCAUACCCUUUGAGUCCCAUCUCAACCGAUUGUUACAGUCCGAGUCUGCCUGCGUUUGAGCCCGACCUGGAAGGCGCAAGCCCUCUGCAGUCCCCGCUUUCUGUUGCACUCAGUUUCGUCCCCGAAGGCGGUAUUCCUGGUUAUCUUCCUGUAUGCGACGGCAGUCGUGAUCAAUCUUACCAGUCCUCCUAUUCAUCGCUGAGAGGAUGGGCAGGUGACGACAUACCCAUGUCUCCGCUGUCGCUUCCUUGCAUGGGGGGGCCUCCAUUCGUGUAUGACGCUGAACCUGCCAGUAUCAUGAAAGACGCGUUCGCCGCAGCUUCGAGCGCGAUCUACGGAGACUGGGACAACGGAGUCGACUUCACGCUUUCCGGUCGAAACUAUCAGAAUCCGUUCAGCUGGGACAGACCCAUCGACGUGAAGGGUCUGGGGCAGUACGCUCAGGGCCCCAGAAUCUGA